AUAUGGAUCAAUUACAAAAUGGAACACAUUGUUUUUAAAUUACAGCCGCAUCUUUUUUUUUUCACCAAUAAACCAAACACUAGAUAGAUGGGUUUUUUGGCGUUUAAACCACCAGAACCAUGCCUUUUAUUUCCUACAAUCUCUGCAGCUUUCUCCUCAAGAGAAAAACCCCACAAUUGACUCCACCCCUGCUUCAUUUAUCUCCACCUCUAAAUUUGGAGACCCUCCUCCAAAUUUGACCCGGCCCGGCUCCACCUGGUUCAGCGCACAUCAUCCUUAGCCCCUCUCUUUCUUUCCCUCUCUAAUCUUUGUCCCUUCCUCUCUCUCUCUCCCUCUACAAAAUAAGCAUGGAGUGGCCACCAAACCAACCUAAAACCAGGUCCUCGGGAUCCCUCUGCUUUGGGCUAAAAUCCCUGUGAAAAGAACCAUCCAACACACUUCCAGAUCCGCAGAGACCCAAAAGAUUAUUGGUAGUAGCCAUGGCUGUCGGAAGGGGCUCAUUCCAGUUUGGUAUUCUUCUUCUUGGGGCAAUGGCUUCGAUACCAAAUUUGGAUGGAGCCAUGGAUGGAGGGAAUGUUGAGGGUAGAGAGAUGAGAGACAGAGCACAUGUUGGGUAAUUCUCUUGGGAAGAGAAAGAAUAGGCCAUUGACCAUAGGAACCAUGGCGAGGUUCGACAGAGGACAAAAAACAGAAACUGACAAAAACAGAGGAGAGAGAAAGAAAGAGAGGACAGAGAUAAACAGGGGAAUCCACCAUGAGGUUUCGCUUUCGAGUUUUGAUGGUGAAAGAGAACGCAGGCGAGUGAAGGGGAAUUUUGAUGUUUAAAGAGUUUCAUAUCAACAUACCCAUGAUGAAGGCUCUCAAAUGCUGGCUACUUACAGUCUUCUUGUUCUCAAUCAAUCUCCAUGUCUCAGAACCUCUCCACACAAAACUUGACAACCUGAAGCUCAAAACUUCAGUUUUCUUGUCUCCCAAAUUCAUUAUGAAACCUGGCACAGUGCAGAACAAUUUUUACUACAACAUCGACUUUCCAACAGGUCAUAUUGCCAUUAAAGGUUUCGACGCAGAGAUUGUAGACGAGGCGGGGAAUCCUGUUCCCCUCUAUGAGACCUACAUCCACCACCUCGCCAUUGUCAGGUAUUACGCUCCACCUUCUAGUGAUCAGAAAUCUAAGGAUGGUCCGAAUUCUAAAUUUGUGGUGAGGAAUGCCGGGGUGUGCCAAGAUGACAUACUCAACCAGUAUUUUGGGCUUGGGCCAGAGUCCCGUAAGACCCGCACCACCUUGCCAGACCCAUAUGGGGUUGAGGUUGGAGUCCCUCCGGAGGGGACUCCGGAUGGAUACGAGGAAGGGUGGAUGUUGAAUAUCCAUGCGAUUGACAUGAGGGGUGUCAAGGACCGUUCAAAAUGUGGAGAGUGUAGGUGUGAUCUCUACAAUGUGACUGAAGAUGAAAAUGGCAGGAGCAUUGAGGAUAACUACUAUGGUGGUCUGCGCUGUUGUUAUGAUGGGACACAAUGUAGGCUUAAGGAAGGUCUUCAAGGGCUUGGUGCCAAGGGAGUGUACUUGAAGUACACGGUGAAAUGGAUGGAAUGGGAUGAUAGCAUCAAUCCACUUAAGAUUUACAUACUUGAUGUUACUGAUAGUGGGGAGAGGAUUCUAAAUUCUACCAGUCCCCAAGGACAAUUGGGUUGUCAGGUCGAAUAUAAUGUGGAUUCUAAUGGUGCACCAGAUGCGCAUGGCAAAAAGAUACACAUCAAGAGAACAAGAAUUAUGAUACCCCAUGGUGGGGAUGUCAUUUAUGGUAUGGCACACCAACACCCCAAUGCCAUGGGAUGUACCCUAUAUGGCCAGGAUGGUAGAGUGAUAUGCACCUCCUCACCCACUUAUGGCCAAGGAAAAGAAGCCGGAAAUGAAGCCGGAUAUGUGGUAGGGAUGGGCACCUGCUACCCGAGACCAGGAUCUGUCAAAGUAAAGGAUGGGGAGACUUUGAUACUUGAAUCAAGGUAUAGUGCUACUACAAUGCACACUGGGGUCAUGGGAUUAUUCCACAUUUUUGUUGCAGAAUCAAAAGACAACGUUCAUUCCCCUCUCUUGAUGUAAGAAACCUACUCUAUGAUUGAUGGAUGUGUAUGUGAAAAGUAACUGAACUAUCUGUACCUGAAAAUUGUAUCGUCUCAUAAAUACAGUUCUUAUUUAUAUUAGGUGAGUAAUUAUGACCAACUUAGCUUAAGCAAUAACUAAGAGAAAUUCAUUAGAACCA